GAUUACUAACAACCCACAAAUCUUAACUCACCCCACUCCUCCUCUAACCUCCCAUGGACCCUCUCAUACUCCACCGCUCUCUCUCCCGCCUCAAACGCCCCCCUAAACUCCCUCUCUCCCCCCCUCCUCCUCCUCCUUUUCAGACUCUCUCCACCAAACCGACCCACCACCACAACAAUAACAGGCUCGCCUGCACAAUUCGCGCAUUUCAAAACCAACAAACACAACCAGCUCUCCAAGAUGACGAGGACUCCGCCUACGGUGAAGUCGACAAGAUCAUCGGUAGCCGAGCCCUCGAAGGCGGCACCGGCAUGGAGUAUUUAAUCCAAUGGAAAGACGGCCACGCCCCUUCUUGGGUCCCACAGGAUUUCAUUGCUAAAGACGUGGUGGCCGAGUACGAAACUCCGUGGUGGACUGCCGCUAAGAAAGCCGACGAAACGGCGUUAAAACAGCUCGUUGAAGCAGAUGACGAACGGGACAUUGACGCUGUCGAUAACGACGGCCGUACUGCUCUUCUUUUCGUCUCCGGGCUCGGCUCCGAAGGGUGUGUUAGGAUUCUAGCGGAAGCCGGAGCUAAUUUGAAUCAUCGUGAUAACAGCGGCGGCUUCACGGCGCUUCAUAUGGCGGCUGGAUAUGUGAAGCCGGGAGUUGUAAAGGUUUUACUGGAGCUUGGAGCUGAUGCUGACGUGGAAGAUGACAGAGGUUUGACUCCGUUAGAUUUGGCCAAGCAGAUAUUGAGCGUGACACCGAAGGGGAAUCCAAUGCAAUUUGCGAGAAGAUUGGGGCUCGAAAGUGUAAUAAGGAAUUUAGAGGAGGCGGUGUUCGAGUACGCGGAGGUGCAGGAGAUAAUGGAGAAGAGAGGGAAGGGUGAUCAAGUGGAGUAUUUGGUGAAAUGGAAAGACGGUGGAGAUAACGAAUGGGUGAAAGCGAGAUUGAUCGGGGAGGAUUUAGUGAUGGACUAUGAAGCCGGGUUGGAAUACGGUGUGGCUGAGGGUGUACUGGGGAAGAGAAUGGGUGAUGAUGGGAAGCAAGAGUAUUUGGUUAAAUGGACGGAUAUUGAUGAGGCGACGUGGGAGCCUGAGGAGAAUGUUGAUCCUGAUUUGAUCAAGGAGUUUGAGGAUGGCCUGGUCCCUGGUGAGGUCCAAAUAAGUGAAAGUAAUGGGCCUGAGCCCAGUAGAUGUUAGGGGUUGUAAUUUUUAUAACCAUUUUGAGAGUAUUGUUGAUUAAUUAAUUAAUGUCAUUAAAGAAUGGAAAGAAAUUUAGGGUGCGUUUGGU